CCCAUUAUUAAUCAUUGGAGUAUCCUUAAUAAGUGGAAUAUCUAUUGGAUUACUUUUUAUGAACACUAUAUUUAAGAGAUAUAGCAAAAUUUUAUUUUUUAAAUCUAAACAUUCAAUUAUAGAUAAAGAAUUUCUAAAUACUUUGAAGAAUUCCGAUUAUAAGAUGGUAAUAGUUGUUAGAAAUGAUUUAAAAAUGGGCAAAGGAAAAUUAGCUGCUCAAUGCUGUCAUGCAGCAGUAGAAUGUCAUAAACAAAUUACAUAUAAAGCAUCUAAUAAUAAUAUAGAUAAUAUUUAUACCUAUUUUUUGAGAUAUUGGUCAAAAUCUGGUCAACCAAAAAUUAUAUUAAAAGUUGAAAGUGAGAAGGAAUUAUUAGAAAUCUAUAAAAAUUCCAAAGAUUAUAAAUUCAAUCUUGAUAAUAAUAUUAAUAAUUCUAAAAAAGCAAUUUUUUAUAAACCUCUUAUAACAUCAUUAAUAUGUGAUGCUGGGAAAACUCAACUAGAUCCAGGUACCUAUACAGUUGUGGGUAUUGGACCUGCUCCUAGUUGGAUGAUAGAUAAAAUUACAAUUGAUUUAAAGUUGUUAUAGUUUUGAAUGUAGAUCAUAAAUAAUUCAAAUUGCAAUGAAAAUUUUUUAUAGAUAAGAU